AUGUAUUUCAGACUCGACAAGACGGCUCUCGCUGCUGUGGCCCUGGCGCCUGCCAUCCAGCUCUCGUCGGCCGAGACCAUCCUCGGUGCGUAUGUCUUCCAUCGACAUGGCGAUCGCACCCCCAAAAGCAUCCCGCCUGCGUCGCUCACGGAUCUGGGCUAUGUCGAAGUCUUGGACCGCGGCACUUACUACCAUUCUCGCUAUAUUGCCUCGGACUCGCCCACUCAGAUCCUCGGCAUCCAGAGCGAGAUCGUCAAGCUGUCGCAAUUGGCUGUCACUUCACCCUCUGACAGCGUCCUUCAGAAUUCCGCCGCGGGCUGGCUCCAAGGUCUCUAUCCUCCGGCGGGAGCUGCAUCAAACCAGACCCUACGCAAUGGAACCACCAUCGAGGCGCCCUUGAAUGGGUUCCAGCUGAUCCCCAUCGCUAUCCAGAGCUCGGGAAGCGGGAGCGAGAGUAACUCAUGGCUCCAGAGCGCGGCAAACUGUCAAAACGCAGACAUCAGUAGCAACGAGUUCUUCUCUUCGGAUCUCUACAAUUCCUACGAGUCUUCCACCAAGAGCCUGUACCAGGGUCUCUCGCCAGUCGUGAAUGCGACAUUCAGCGAGUCCCAAUUGAGCUUUCUGAACGCCUACACCAUCUGGGACCUGCUCAACGUUGGCAUGAUCCACAACUCAACCACCACUUACCCGGCUCUGAGCAAUGUCAGUGACGAUACCAUGAACGAGCUAUUCCAGCUCGCAAACAUCCACGAAUUCAACCUUGCCUACAACGAGUCUAGCACUAUACGCGCCAUCUCCGGUAUGACGCUUGCCAGCCAGGUUCUGACAGCACUCAACAAGACCAUCACGGGCAACGGCAAAAGCCCAAGUCUCAACGUCCAGUUCGGCGCCUAUGCUACAUUCCUGUCCUACUUUGGCCUUGCGAAUCUGACUGCCGUCAAUGCCGACUUCUUCGGAAUCCCGGACUACGCGUCUAGCAUGACCUGGGAACUCGUCACCAAUGCCACCGUGGCUAACGCCUCCUCCUUCCCAUCUACGUCGGAUAUCAGUGUGCGGUUUCUGUUCAACAAUGGCACCUCCGCUGCUUCGGAUAAUUUGACGGCGUUCCCGCUAUUCGGCGGCUCGGCUCUCGAGCUUCCCUGGGAUGAUUUUGUCACUAGUACUCAGAAGUUCGCCGUCACAGGUCAGGAGCAGUGGUGCCAGGUCUGUGGUAACACAACGGGAAUCUGUGCAAGCAGCAGCUCUUCAAGCGCGUCUGCCUCGUCUACUAGUAGUUCGGGCAGUGGCAUGUCGAAUGCUGUGGCCGGUGUGAUUGGUGCUAUGGUCACUCUGGGAGUUGUGCUGGGUCUUGAGGUUCUGGGUUUGUUGGCUGGUGGGUUGAGGGUGGUUAGGAAGAGGUCUCUUGCUGCUGCUGGUGCUGCCGCCUCCUCGAGUGCUGUGAAUGCUGGUGAUGAAAAAUAG